UCUAUGAAUGCUUCUACCUACAAGGCAGAGCAAUGAAUGAUAAAAGGUCUAACUGUGAAAUUAAGUUUUUUUUCAAUGUUUUUAUUACCAACCCAUUUCAUUUUAAAAGAAAUGUGAGCAGUUCCUAGAAAUCUUUUUUCCCCUUGUGUUUCCAAAUUUUAAAAUGAUCAAAGAAAGGCUAAAAAAUUGUUCUCAGACUAACAUCUUUCUUUCAUACACUCAGGCCACAGAUUUUUGCCACAGAGACAUGUAUGGUAGUGGUUUACUCAAUCCUUUUCUUCUCAAGCAGGCUCAAACUCAGAAAAUGAAAUACAAGACUUCCUUGGUGAUGAGGAAACGAUUACGGCUUUACAGAAACACCCUGAAAGAAUCAAGUAGCAGCUGUGGACACCAUGGACCCCAGCUCGCCGCCGCUUCGAGCCCCUCGCUAUUUCCGGGCCUUCAUGAGCAGCCUCCUCAGAUUUCCCACACCCGUCGUUUGAACGGACUCCUGCGUCUGGGGCUCCCUGGAGACAUGUAUGCGAGGUCGGAAUCCUUUGCACCGGGGCCUACGGCCCGCAGCGACACUUUGGCAACAGCCACAGCCCUGCAUGGCUAUGGUGGCGUGAAUCUAACCGUGAACCUCGCCGCACCCCAUGGCCCUGGAGCCUUUUUCCGCUAUAUGCGUCAGCCGAUCAAGCAGGAGCUUAUCUGCAAGUGGCUAGGCGAAGACAGCCCUGCAUCCCCGCGCCCCUGCUCCAAAACUUUCAGCACCAUGCACGAGCUGGUCACGCACGUCACCGUGGAGCACGUCGGUGGCCCAGAGCAGGCUAACCACAUUUGCUUCUGGGAGGAGUGUCCGCGUGAGGGCAAGCCCUUCAAAGCCAAAUACAAACUUGUAAAUCACAUCCGCGUGCACACGGGCGAGAAGCCCUUCCCUUGUCCUUUCCCAGGGUGUGGGAAAGUCUUUGCUAGAUCAGAAAAUCUCAAAAUACACAAACGAACACAUACAGGCGAGAAGCCCUUCAGAUGUGAGUUCGAGGGCUGUGAACGGCGUUUCGCCAACAGCAGCGACCGCAAGAAGCAUUCGCACGUACAUACCAGCGACAAGCCUUAUAUGUGCAAGGUGCGCGGGUGUGACAAGUGCUACACGCACCCCAGCUCUCUGCGAAAGCACAUGAAAGUUCAUGGUCGCUCGCCGCCACCCAGCUCUGGCUACGACUCAGCAAUACCGUCUGCUCUCACGUCUCCCUCGUUAGAAAGCGGCCGUGAGCCCCCGAUAGCCUGCACAGCAGCGGUGGCGGUGCGUGGCACAGACAUGAGCGAAUGGUACGUGUGUUCGGGCUCCUGGCUCAGUGGAGGCUGACUCUGCAGCGCCCCCACCCCAGCCUAACG